AUGAGUAACCAUCAUCAGAGAUCAGACAGGAGCAAUCACCAGCAGAGAUCAGACAUGAGUAACCACCAGCAGAGAUCAGACAUGAGUAACCAUCAUCAGAGAUCAGACAUGAGCAAUCACCAGCAGAGAUCAGACAUGAGUAACCAUCAUCAGAGAUCAGACAGGAGCAAUCACCAGCAGAGAUCAGACAUGAGUAACCAUCAGCGGAGAUCAGACAUGAGUAACCAUCAUCAGAGAUCAGUAAGAAGUAAUCACCAGGGGAGAUCAGACAUGAGCAAUCAUCAUCAGAGAUCAGACAGGAGUAAUCACCAGCAGAGAUCAGACAGGAGUAAUCACCAGCAGAGAUCAGACAGGAGUAAUCACCAGCAGAGAUCAGACAGGAGUAAUCACCAGCAGAGAUCAGACAGAAGUAAUCACCAGCAGAGAUCAGACAGGAGUAAUCACCAGCAGAGAUCAGACAGGAGUAAUCACCAGCAGAGAUCAGACAGAAGUAAUCACCAGCAGAGAUCAGACAGGAGUAAUCACCAGCAGAGAUCAGACAGGAGUAAUCACCAGCAGAGAUCAGACAGGAGUAAUCACCAGCAGAGAUCAGACAGGAGUAAUCACCAGCAGAGAUCAGACAUGAGUAACCAUCAGCGGAGAUCAGACAUGAGUAACCAUCAUCAGAGAUCAGACAUGAGUAACCAUCAUCAGAGAUCAGACAGGAGCAAUCACCAGCAGAGAUCAGACAUGAGUAACCAUCAGCGGAGAUCAGACAUUAGUAAUCACCAGCAGAGAUCAGACAUGAGUAACCAUCAUCAGAGAUCAGACAUGAGCAAUCACCAGCAGAGAUCAGACAUGAGUAACCAUCAGCUAAGAUCAGACAUGAGUAAUCACCAGCAGAGAUCAGACAUGAGUAACCAUCAUCAGAGAUCAGACAGGAGCAAUCACCAGCAGAGAUCAGACAGGAGCAAUCACCAGCAGAGAUCAGACAUUAGUAAUCACCAGCAGAGAUCAGACAUGAGUAACCAUCAUCAGAGAUCAGACAUGAGCAAUCACCAGCAGAGAUCAGACAUGAGUAACCAUCAGCUAAGAUCAGACAUGAGUAAUCACCAGCAGAGAUCAGACAUGAGUAACCAUCAUCAGAGAUCAGACAGGAGCAAUCACCAGCAGAGAUCAGACAGGAGCAAUCACCAGCAGAGAUCAGACAUGAGUAACCAUCAGCGGAGAUCAGACAUGAGUAACCAUCAGCGGAGAUCAGACAUGAGUAACCAUCAUCAGAGAUCAGUAAGAAGUAAUCACCAGGGGAGAUCAGACAUGAGCAAUCAUCAUCAGAGAUCAGACAGGAGUAAUCACCAGCAGAGAUCAGACAGGAGUAAUCACCAGCAGAGAUCAGACAGGAGUAAUCACCAGCAGAGAUCAGACAGAAGUAAUCACCAGCAGAGAUCAGACAGAAGUAAUCACCAGCAGAGAUCAGACAGGAGUAAUCACCAGCAGAGAUCAGACAGGAGUAAUCACCAGCAGAGAUCAGACAGGAGUAAUCACCAGCAGAGAUCAGACAGGAGUAAUCACCAGCAGAGAUCAGACAGGAGUAAUCACCAGCAGAGAUCAGACAGGAGUAAUCACCAGCAGACAUGA